AUGGCCGUCCUAAAAUUGCCGACAUACCCUGUGGAAUCAUCGUCGAAACCGGACGGAGUACCACGCGUUCAAGAACGUCGCCAAAUCGCACAUAUUCGGCCACACAACCUUGUUGUGGAAGCCGAGAUUGGCCGCCUCCAGUUUUGGAUACUCACCCACGCAUACAGCGGACGCUACAGGCCUUAUUGUCACAGUGGCAAUCAGGAGCAUGUCGAACUAACGGCUGAAACUGGACAAACGCCAAAAGCUACCGUUGCCGAUUUGGGACGGCAUGAGCCUGCUUAUGGCCAAAUUUAUCCGUCAGAGCCGAAGCCCGCACGUCGCUACGAGUCUACAACGCGGACCGAUCAACCCUACCUACACGGAGCGCUCGCGCCUCAACGCAUCUCCUCAAUCGUCUUACGGCACGACCCAGACCUACGCAUGGGAACUACAUCAUAG